ACCCAUAUAUAUCUGCUCGCUGUGAGUGGUGCUGGAUGCCUGCUGGGCGAGCAAACAUCGGGUCGCAUCUUCCAUCUGCAAGACGGCUACAGUAGAUUGGCUACCUCCUUGCCUGUCAGUCUUCCAAAUCUGCUCACUACUCGUCCCCACCCACCUGCAGCGAUCGUCGAUCUUGGCGGACGCGAUGGCCAUGGCCGUGGCGCCGGACCAGCAGCAGGUACCUGCAGGGGGCUCCUCGGCACCUCCUCGCCUCCUCUGCGUCCACGACACCACCCUGGUGCCGCCGUCCCCGUCACCGCCGGAGACCUCGCUCCCGCUCACCUUCUUCGACAUCAUCUGGCUCCACUCCCCGCCCGUCGAGCGCCUCUUCUUCUACCGCCUCGCCCCCGACGCCGACAUCGACAACAUCGUCUCCAACCUCAAGGACUCCUUGCACCAGGCCGUCCGCGCCUUCUACCCGCUCGCCGGACGCCUCCGCCUCACCCCCGGCGCGUCCGACCGAUACGAGCUGUACUACCGCCCGGGUGACGCCGUCACCUUCACCGUCGCCGAGUGCGACGAUGACGAUGCGGACAUCGACGGCCUCGCAACUGAUGAUCCCCGGGAGGUUGCCAAGAUCGCCGCGCUUGUGCCGCCGCUGCCGGAGGGCGGGCGGCUGUUAGCCUUGCAGGCCACGCUGCUGUCCGCGCGCCGUGGCCUCGCCAUCGGUGUCACCGUGCACCAUGCCGCCUGCGAUGGCUCGGCCUCAACGCACUUCCUGCACACCUGGGCGGCCGCAUGCAUCGGCGCCGAAACGCCGCCCCCACCUCCCGUCAUCGACCGGACUCUCCUCACCGACCCGAGGGGCCUGUACGACACCUUCUGCCAAGCGGCGCCCAGCACCGAUGAGAUGGAGUUCGUCAAAAUGUCCGCCGACCAGCUCUUCGCCACGUUCACCCUGUCCAAGAACGACCUGCAGCGCGUCAAGGACAUCGUGGCCAAUGAGGCCAUGAGACGCGGCGUUGCGCCGCCGCGGUGCUCCUCUCUUGUUGCCACCUUUGGCUUCGUCUGGUCGUGCUACCUGCAGCGAGCCAAAGAGAACUGCGGCUCCGACGAGGGCUCGAUGACCUGCCUCCUCUUCCCUGUCGACCACCGCUCGCGGAUGAAGCCUCCUCUCCCGGACAAGUACCUCGGCAACUGCGUCGGCCCAGCAAUCGGGAUGGCACCCAAGGGCGAGCUGGCGGCGGCAGGCGCAGGCUGCCUCUUCAGCGCGUGCGCCGCGGUCGCCUCCGCCAUAGACGAAGCUGUGCGCGACAUCGGGACACCCAGCAUGGACGCGUGGCUGGACCGCAUCAGGGAGGCAAGCGCGAAAGGUGUACUGUCCGUGGCCGGCUCGCCGAGGUUCCGCGUCUACGAGCUGGACUUCGGAUUCGGCCGGCCGGCGAAGGUUGACAUCGUGUCGGUGGCGAGGACCGGUGCAGUGGCGGUGGCGGAGAGCCGGAGGAGCACCGGCGGGAUGGAGGUUGGCGUCUCUUUGCAGCCGGCUGGCAUGGAGAGGUACCGGAAGUGCUUCGCGGAUGGCAUCGCGUGGCUCCACCAGCCAAGUUGAGAAUUAUUGAGAUGAAAUGUGUCGCUGCUGAAUUUGGUGGCGGAGGGCGGCAAGCCAAUCUAAACCUGCAUGAACCGUCUAGCCCACGAUCAUCGUUGCAACUAGUCGCGCGUACAUAACUGCUUUAUCUUUUUAUA